UCGUGCUGCUGGGAGUUUCAAUACCGAGACUUCACUUCACCGUCUGCACCUCAAGGACAGAUAGACCCAGAGUGGUGGGUUUUUAGUUAAAGUAAAGGAAAGCAGAAGCGGAAGAAUUAGGUCAUCGCGUUCUGGUCGAAGUGUUUGGCUCAUCAUGAAGAUGUGCUUGAUAACGCCGAUGCUUUUGCUCGUGCUCUUCGGGCAGUGCAGCAGCCUGGCUGGUAAAGUGAAUAAACACAAGCCAUGGAUCGAGACGUCCUACCAUGGUGUCAUCACCGAGAACAUGGACACAAUCCUGUUAGACCCUCCUCUGGUUGCCUUGGACAAAGAUGCCCCUGUCCCCUAUGCAGGAGAGAUCUGUGCAUUUAAGAUUCAUGGACAGGAGGCACCGUUUGAGGCAGAGGUUUUGAACAGGACAUCGGGCGAAGGGGUACUGAGGGCACGGGGCCCAAUCGACUGUGAGCAACAGAAGGAGUACACCUUCGUCAUCCAGGCUUAUGAUUGUGGAGCUAGCCCAAGUGGAGCCAAUUGGAAGAAGAGCCACAAGGCAGUGGUACAUAUCCAGGUGGAUGAUGUAAAUGAGUUUUCCCCGGUGUUCAGGGAGCUGCUGUAUCGUGCCACAGUAACCGAGGGCAAGAUAUAUGACAGCAUCCUGCAGGUGGAGGCCUGGGACCAAGACUGCUCUCCACAAUACAGCCAAAUCUGCAACUAUGAGAUUGUAACACAGGAUACACCCUUUGCAAUUGAUCGUAAUGGUAAUAUAAGGAACACAGAACGACUGAGCUACGACAAACAGCAGCACUACAAAAUCAUGGUGACUGCAUAUGACUGUGGCCAGAAGAGGGCGAUGGAAGGCGUUCCAGUUCAUAUUGAGGUCAAGCCAGUGUGCAAGCCUGGGUGGCAAGGUUGGAACAAGCGUGUGGAUUACGAACCAGGAACAGGCAGCAAGCAGCUCUUUCCCAAGAUGCAUCUAGAGACGUGCGAUGGCCCUUUAUCUUCAGUGCGAGCCAUGGUGGAACUACAGACCAGCCAUAUUGGGAAGGGCUGUGAUAGAGAAACCUAUUCUGAGAAGUCUCUGCAGAAACUCUGCGGAGCAGCCUCUGGCAGCACAGACCUUCUCCCGGCCCCCAGCACAGCCACCAAUUGGACAGCUUCCUUGCUGACGGACAACGGGCGAGACAGUGACCUCAUCUUUCGAUUUGAUGGACGACAAGCAGCCAAUAUCCCGGAGUGGGUUGUGCCACAGAACCUGACAGAUCAGUUUACCAUAGCAACGUGGAUGAAGCAUGGGCCAAGUCCUGGACUAAGAGCAGAGAAGGAGACAUUGCUCUGUAACUCAGACAAAACUGAGAUGAACAGGCAUCAUUACUCUUUAUACGUACACAACUGCCGCUUGGUAUUUCUACUGAGACGAGACUUUAUUCAGUUGGACUCCUUCAGGCCAGCUGAGUUCCACUGGAAACUGGAACAGAUCUGUGAUAAAGAAUGGCAUUACUACGUCAUCAAUGUGGAGUUUCCUUCUGUGACACUCUUCGUAGAUGGAGUGACAUAUGAGCCCUACCUUGUGACAGAUGACUGGCCCAUCCACCCCUCUGAGAUCGAUGUACAGCUUACUGUAGGUGCCUGCUGGCAAGGAGGAGAGGUGACCACUCCACGGUUCACACAGUAUUUCCGUGGAGGCCUCUCAGGCCUGACAAUUCGACCAGGGAAGAUUGCAACUCAAAAGGUGAUCUCCUGCUUACAGGCCUGUAAAGAGGGCCUGGACAUCAGCUCUCUUGAGAGUCUAGGCAAAGGCAUAAAGUUCCACUUUAACCCAGCUCAGUCAGUGCUGGUGAUGGAUGCAGAUGACUUGGAGAGCAUUAACACGGCAAUGACAAAAGUCUCCUACAUCAACUCUCGUCAGUUUCCCACUCCUGGUCUGCGCAAACUUCACAUAACCACCACAGUACAAUGUUUCGGUGAAGACACAUGCAUCUCCAUUCCAGAUAUCAAGGCUAUGGUGAUGGUGCUGCCGCCCAGCGAACCUCGGAUCACCAUUGCUGGGUUGGAGCAGCUGGUUUGGCCUGCGGCUCAGCUCCAAACCCCUGGUGGGGUUGCCCUGUUCAAGGACAUACGCAUCAUUAGUACCAUCACCAAGACCGACACCACCCUCAGCAUAGCCCGGAGACCUGGUGUUCUGGAGUUGAUGCAUAACCUGGAUUAUUGUGAUGUGCUUGUGAUUGGAGAGGAACUGAACCCAGAGAAUGAGAGUCUAGAGAUCCACCACAGCUCUCUCUUGGGCAAACAUCUGGAUGCCACCAACUCUACCUCUGGCAUCUCCAUCUAUGGUGUGGACUCCAUGGCGCAUUAUGAACAGGCCAUCAGGCAGGUGAGGUACUGUAACUGGAAGCCUGGCAGUCUGUCCGAGAGAAGGUUCCGGCUCACUUGCUCUGAACUGAAUGGACGCUACACAAGCAAUGAGUUCAACUUGGAGAUCGGAUUUAUACACAGCUCAGAGGCCGUGGAGCAUCUCAAUCACAUGGCUAUCCAAUCCCAGUACAUGAGACCUGUGCAUCAUCCACUGGUGGUACAUACUGUCAAUUCUGACCACAUCUCAGGAACCCCUCCCGCUGCAACAGUGGUAAUCGUAAUAUGCAUCGCCGCACUGGUGGUCAUUGUAGUUUUGGGCAUCUACCGUAUCCAAACCACCCAUCAGGAUGGUUCGAAAGAGGAUGAGGAGGGAAGAAAGGACCCAGAGAUGGACUGGGACAACUCCAAUCUUAAUAUCACAGUAAAUCCCAUGGAGAGCAUUGAUGGGACACCGAUUGCUGAGGAGGUUAGGGAGGAGGAGCCAGAGGAAGAUGAAGACGAAGAAGACGAUAAUGAUGAUGAACUGGCUGGAGAUCUCUCUAGUGCUGAAUCCGAGGACAGCGAUGAAGAGGAAGAGACUGACAUUCAGAAGGUGAAAGUGAAGGGAAAACUGGAGUGGGACCCCUCUACGUUGCCCUAUUAAAACACAAACACACACACACAGACAGCUUCUCACACACGUACACAUUCACACAAGCAAGCAUUCACAUGCAGACAUAGACUUGUUCAUGCACAUACGCACAUACACACAUGCAAAAAUGCAUUUAAUGCCCUCUCACACUUACAGAAGCCAGAAAUAAUUGCCUGAAAAGCUGUCACUCAUCAGUCGUUGCAACGAGAAACCCUGAUUUUGUUCCAACGCCCAAAAUAAGCAUCUCUAAUACUAUGGCUCCCUCUGAUGGUCAAUAUUUGGCAUUGCAAAACCUCUGUGUAUUUCUGUAGGUUUAAUCUACAGUGUUUUAUUAGUAGGUCCACAAAAAGCCAAUAUAAAACCAACACAACACAAUGCAGUUAAUUGUGAACAUUUUAAACAACAUCUCUUGGAUGACUUCUUUUAAAUCCCUGUUUUUUUGUCUCUUUUCAUCAGAAUAUAUUUUAACAUCAGGAAGUUGUUUUCCCUUUCAGAAGUACUAAACAGUAAUAUUUGACAGCGUGUGGCUAUGCCUUCACCCUUUAUGUCUGUUAUCUUCAGAGUAACUCCUAAUAUUGCACUGAUGUGCAAUAGUAAAAACCUGAAAGUCGUUUUUUUUUUUUUGCAAUGAAAAUAUAUACAUAAUAAUGAUAUUUUCUUCAUUUGAAAUCUAGCAAAUGUGUUUAUUUUAGAUCCAUAGAGAGAUUUUGAUUGAAGCAGUUCUCUUUAAGCAAAAAUUAUAUCGUAAUGAGAUGACAUUUAAAACACUUUUUAAUAGUUACAGUUUUCUCUUUUUUCUCUCUGUUUUGGUCCUUAGUGGUAAGGAGGAAGAGUGUCUGUACAUUUUUAUAUGCCUGACUUCUGUAAAUAGGGAACUGUAGAGUAGUUGAAUGGUGACUCAGACUCCUCACGUCCUCCUGCAUCCUUCACACAGUCUGCUUGUGUCUACACUUGCUGAGGAGGAAGGGUUCUUCCUCCUCUCUCUAUCUGUGUUGAUCUCUCUCUUUUAACGUUCAUGUUGUCCUCCUCACUUCAACUGUGGAUAGGUUCUCCAUUUUACCUCAAAUAGAAAAACUAGCAAAAGAUUUCACUGCAAAAAAUGUUUUAAUAAUAAUAAUAAUAAUAAUAAUACUAAUCUAAACAUAAUUAAAACAAGAUAUUUUACUAGAGAAGCAAAAUUGUGUAAGAUAAGAAAUGGUUCAUAGUUCAUCCAAAAAUGUAAAUUCUCUUAUCAUUUACUCACCCUCAUGCCAUCCAAGAUGUGUAUGACAUUCUUCUGCAGAAGCCAAUAUAAAUCCUCAGCAAGUGAAUAGUGACCAAAACUUUGAAGCUCAAAAACGCACAUAAAAGGCAGCAUAAAGGUAAUCCAUACUAGACUCCGUUGGUUUAAUCCAUUUUUAAUCUGUGAGAACAGACCAAAAUGUAACUCAAUUUUUACUAUAAAUCUUUACAACUGCAGUCUAUUUGGCAAUCAUAAUUUCAAGCUCAAUUAAACUUCUGAAUGUGUAAUCGAGCUUGAAAUCAUGAUCGUGCCUAGAGACUGCAAUGGCAAGAUGUAAAGUAAAAAAUCAGUUACACUUUGGUCUGUUCUCACCCAAAAUGUAUUGGAUCACUUGGAAAGACAUGGAUUAAACCACUGGUGUCUCAUGGAUUACUUUUCUGCUGCCUUUCUGUGCUUUUUGGUGCUUCAAAUUUUGGUCACCAUUCACUUGCAUUGUAUGGACCGACAGAGCUGAGAUAUUCUUCUACACAUCUUUGUUCCUGUUUUUUUUUUUUUAAUCAGACAAAAUUUAGUGAGGUAUAGUAUUGGUAAUCCACAAAAAAAUUUAAAAAAAAUUCUCUUAAAUUAUUAGUAAUAACAUUACUUUACUAAAUACUUAAUUCAAAAGUAAUCACAUUGCUAAUUACUUUAAAGUUACUUUCUAAAACUUUUUACAGAAAUGUUUUUGUCUUUCUGCUCAACAAAUUCAAAAUAAUGUUUAUAUUUCCUCCUUGUUCAGUUGCACACAUUUUAACUGUAACAGA